AUGGCGCCGCGGACACUGCAGACCCAUGCGAUGGAGAUCGACUCCUCGCCUGAUCCGCUGGGUCACUCAGUCAGCCCAGCACAUCCUUUCGCUGGGCGAGGUCGGCGACUCACUUCACCGACCAGGACCGUCCUGCAAGAGCGCAGCACCAACAGCAACCUCCCCACCCCAACCCCACCGACACACGCCCUGCUACCCUCCAACUCCCCUAUGAAAGCCAUCACCGAACAGACCCUCAGUCCCUGGAAGAUUCGCGUCACCGUCGAGGCGGAGCCCGAGAAUGAGUUAGCCAGCCAAGGGCAAGGACAGGUCAGAACGCAAACAUACACCAUUCCCCUCAAGAUGGACUCCUCACCGGCCGAGGCCGCUGCGGUACGCGGACGGGUAAAGAAAGCGCCAGCCCAGUCGUCACCGGCAAGGAAGAAGCGGAGUGGGACGCCGGUCAGGACGGGGAAGGGGCGAAGGAAGAGUGUAACUGAUCUCGGUAUCGUGGUGCUGGGGGAUGAGUCGGAGGACAACGAGUGGUCGCCGAGGAAGAAGGCGCCAAUCCCAGCGACACGAAAGCGAAGAGUGUCGCAAGGACCUUCGGCUGAGCCGCGAGCUCAAGAGGCAGGAACACAAGCACAGGAGGAAGACACCGACAUGUACGGCGCUCCAGAAGAUCAAGAAUGUUCUCCGGAAGAGCUCCGCGAGAUUGAUCUGAAUCGAGUCUCCGUACGAGCGCGAUCAGGAUCGAUGAAACAGAAGGAGAAGCCUACACCAGGUACAGCCUCAAAUUAUCCGACUCCGUCACCAACACCCUCGAUACUUGGCGAGGGUCACGAUGAAGGCGAUGGGAUAAUGCCAGACGGCGAAGGAGAGCAAGCAUUCGACACAAUCCUGGAAAGCGAAGGCAUGACCAUGAUUGAUCUGCAUUCUCUACCCUCAGCAAACCGAGCAUUGGCAUUCAGCAGUCCGGAAGAAGCCAUCGAGGCUAUCGAGGCCGACCCCGAGGCGCCGCCAAAUACAAUGGCUGGAAUGAAGCACAUGCUGCGCGAACCAAGACAAUCCACUUCUGCCAGAAGGGCAGCCCGGCUGAAUCGUGUCAUGCCCCGAACAGAAGCCACAGCUGACGAGACGGAGCUGUCAUCGAAUGUCGCGUCCUCACCACCCCCGAUCACCGACUACCUGAAGCUGCCGCAACGCUCGCUCUUGUCCCGAAAGGUCACACCCGAUGUCUAUUCCUCGCCCAAUCUACCGUCGCCGCCCAAACAGGCACGCAAAGAGACCUCACCACACGAAGACGUGGUCCCGACCAGAAGCGUAGUCAAUGCCAACAAAGCACUUCACGGCGCCCUGUUAAGUCCAAAUUCAGUGUCGGAAGACGAACUGGCCCAACCGACGCCGACCUCAACCAGACACGACUUUCUGGAGGGCUUCAGCUCUGGAACAAAGCGGGAGAUGCGUGCUGGUCUGCGAUUUGGCGAAGAGCUUGCAAAGAGACAAAGCUCGAGUGAUGCUCGGUCUUCCUCAUUUGAUACCCAAGCGUCAAGCUCAGCCAGAGCCAAUGCACGAGGGUCGACUCCGAUUCCUCGCCAGCGCUCCUCACAGAGUACACCAGAUGCGACAAACGGCAGUGCACGAACAAAGAACGCCAACGACGGGAACAGCGAACAACGACCGCGACGAUCCCCUUUGUCUCAACCACCAUCGCAAAAGCCUCAAACAUGGACUGCGGAAGUCGCGACACCUGGGACGCAACGAAGCGAGUCGUCAGAGAUCGAGUAUCCGACCAUUGAUUCGAGGAUAGUCGCACGCGAACAUGAAUGGCAGUUGGAGCGCGAGGCUGUGGCUCGGCAGAUUGAUGAGGCCAGUCCCAGCAAAGUCAUUGUUAUUGAUGACUCGUCGCUCGAUGAUAGUGGGACCGAAGCAGAAAGCGGAUCAGUGGAAGCUGGGCCGCCUCAAAAAGCAAGUUCAAGAGCUGCAGCGACAGACCAUGAUGCUGCUUCGGCGCGUAGAAGUGAUGGAAGAGCGAGCUCAAGCCCAGGAGCGAAGGGAAAACUACCUUCGGAAGAAGUCCAGCAAGAUCGAAAUGAGACACGGCUGGAUUCUCGAGCAGAUGAGGCCCUUCUCGGACAACAACAGGCUUUAACUGGAGCCCGUGGAGAUCAUGCGGACGCUGGAGAAGAAGACGUGACCUCUGAAGAGGAGUUUCUCGCCUCGGCAGAUGAGACUGAUCUCUGGCUAGACCAAGCACAAAGAAGCUCCAGCUCUCCCUUCACGAGACCGACGAACGUCAAACAGUAUUUCGAGACACAACAGCCCGCUGAGACCCAGCCAAGAAGAGGUCCGAUCCCCAGCCCAUGGAAGCGUGGUGAAAAUGUCGAAGAGAGCACGAUCGCAACGCAUGGCGAAGCCAGCGGUAUCUUCUGGCAGGAACAAGUGACGAAUAAGUUUGGCGCUACGAGUCUUGCAAUGCAGACCAGAAGAGUCAGUCAAGGCAAUUUUGACGUCAAUCGAAUGCUGUCAAGUCCAGCCAAAGAGGCCACGGCGAAGCGCAACAACUUGAAGCUUCGUGCGCCGGAAGAGGAGUCCUCGAUUGAAGCAUCAGAAACGGACGAGAGCUCGGGUGUCAUCACUGUUGAAGGCAACGAGUCAUCUCUACGCAGCUCGCCGCCGCGGACCAUCAAGAUUCCGAUGAAUUUCGGCGACGACUCUGUCCUUGUUGAUGAGGUCACGCCGCCAUCCUCGAAAUCGUCUCAUGAGGACGAACCUGUAGCAUCACUGAAGGCGGCCGGGUCAGGCAUAGCAGCAAGGCGUGGCGCAGUUCCUCCAUCGCCUAUUGAGCCUCCGAGCCCAUUUGAUGUUGAUGCUGAGCUGGCUUCGGGUCUGCUUACUCCUCCGACCACGAAAUCUCCCAGUCCGAAGGAUGCUCAGAUCCACCCUCCUCAUGCAGGUCAGCCAUCAGUACGUGUCUAUCCACCAAGUCAGUCUGUGAGUACUGCCUCGUCCUCUCGAUCACCACCGAGCAUCUGGGAUAAUGCAGGUCGUCGAAACUCAGUGACAACGGCUGUGACGAACGUAUCGAGUGAGUCCAUCAGAUUGGCUCAGGAACUGAAACCGGACACGAAUCCACCCCGUAGCCCAUCAGAUGACGGUCGUCCAAUCGCUGAGACAUCGCCUGCGAUGAACAGAUGGACCAAGUCCAAACGAUUACUUCAGACAGAGAAGCCCGAGGCUAUCCCACCACAUCAGCCACCAGUUGACGGCCGUGGAGACGCGGAGCGAUCGGCUGCAAUGGAGCCACCGACCGAGAGACCUGCUCAAGCUCUCAAACCUCGAGGUUUUGUCCGCGUCGUCCCUCCACGCCAUAUAUUAGGGCGCUCCGCACAGCUCGAAGCACUUCGAUCGUCAAUCAGUUCAACCCACAACCUCUCCCCGAACGACCACCCGUCUCAACCACAACAUAUCCAAUUCGCACCCGAGCCAUGGCGCAAAGUCGAAAUUGGCGAUCGCGUCUCUUCCAACUUCGGCCCUUACCGCGAUCCGCGACCGCAAAUCGAGUCACCACCGACAUCAGCCGACACCGGUUCGACACGUACGCACUCUACCAAGACAUCUUCUUCUCCAACCCUGUCUGCUGCCUCGCACACUCUGUCUUCCACCACCGAAGAAGGCGACGAUGCUGCACCGCCGCCAACGCCACGAUCUGCCAUGAAAGGCGGGCGCAUCAGCGCUGGAGUCGAGGAACCACCUGCCGGAUCGCCAAAAAAGGGGGUUGUUCUGGACGAUCGGGCGCGAUACCUGAAUGAUGAUGGCGACGAGAGCACCAUGAGCGCUCACUUGGAUAGUCCGCCGCCGCAUGAUCCUGUGCAGCGGAAUGUAGUCGAAAUCGCCCAAGCCCGGGAGUUGGAGGAUGCUGAAGUGACGUCAAAAGCUGAGGUGAAGAAGGCUGGCACCUGGUCAUCGUGGCUUUGGCGCGGAAAAGGGGACCAAAGCAGCAGUGAGAUCUCUGCUGAAGAGGAACAAUCGUCACCUGAUCAAGUCCAGCCAGGAAAGCCGACCUCGAAUCCGAUCCGCGAAGCCAACGAGCAACAAUGGGCACAAACACGCACCGCUCUUCCCACGCACACGUUCCAGCCUCCGAAGCACGCCACGAGAGCCAUUCCACCAAAAGACUACAUCAAAAGCAGCAGUUACACCUGCUUCAAAGCCAGCAGCACCAUCUCCGCGCACUCCUCAGGCACCCUUUCAUACCACGUCCGCCCACCACAGCCUCCCUCCUACCUUCUAUCGCCCUCUUAUCCCUCCUUACGGACCAGAGAUACUUCCCCACCACUACCAACAUCCGGGCCCUUCACCAACACACACUUCCGCACCCUACACAUCCUCCACGCCAAAUCGCUCCUCCCAUCCUUCCAUCCCCCGAAGUACAUCCGGCCAGAGAUCGAUGCACUUUUGGAUAUAAAGUCGUGGUUGAUGAAUCAGAGGCUGGACUGGAUGUGUUUGAGUGGUCUGUCGGAGUCAAUGAAUGUGAGCUGGAUCAAGCAGUCCAGCGAAGGGGAUGCGGAUCCUGUGAAAGUGCUGCAGGAGCGCGCGAUCCAGCGUGCGAUGCGGAAAGUGGGAGGUGGGGCGAAGACACUGGCGAAGAUGAGUAUCAAGAAAGAUGGGAAGGCGCAGAUCAAGGAGUAUUGGCACGGCUUGGAGGCGGAGGGAAGUGAUGUGUGGACAGCCGAGAUGGGAAAGGUUGGAUGGGGGUGGACGAUGGAGGAGGUGGCGCGGAUGUUGGGGAUGGUUGUUAUUGGAGAGGUUGUGAGGCGGGAGGAGGCGGAGAUGCUGGUCAAGGCGCAAGCAAUGAUGAAGACGGAGCAAGGUACCCAGGAAGGGCGAUGCUUCGAAGAGUUCGAAGGUUCCGACGUCCCUUCCUACGUCAUCACCUCACAUCGAUGGGUCAAGAGUGAGGUCUCAUACAAGGACUUCUGUCAGAAACAGUUGCUGAUAGCACGCAACUAUGGCGAAGUCUCUGGACUGCCCCUCAUACAGGCCGUCACAGAAUCUCAAGCACAAGGUGAGCAGCAGGAGGGCCUGCGCAAAAUCUUGUCAGCAUGCAAGCAGGCCGUCAAAGACGAGAUAGGAUAUCUGUGGCACGACUCUUGUUGCAUCGACAAGACUUCCUCCGCAGAGCUGUCAGAAGCAAUCAACUCGAUGUUUGCUUGGUAUGAACGCUCGAGUUGCUGCUACACGUACCUGAGUGAAGUUCCAAGCAGCAUGAGUUCUCUAACAUCCGAUGACGAACUCGAAACAGUGGUCCGGGCAUCUUCUGAUGGUGUAUUCACAAGGGGGUGGUGUCUACAAGAGCUCCUGGCGCCGAAGACCGUCAGCUUUUUUGGACAGGUAUGGCAGUAUCUCGGCAGUAAGACAACGCACCCGAUUGUCAUGCGGCGGGGCUUUCGGCGAUCCUACAAAUUAAUGAAUAGAAAUGAGCUCCUCAGUCGAGUGACUGGUGUCCCGAUGACGGCCAUUGACCGCAGAAAAUCGCUCUACAAGUUCAGUGUUGCACAGCGUAUGUCCUGGGCAGCUGAAAGACGGACAACGCGGGUUGAGGAUCUCGCAUACAGUCUCUUGGGUCUCUUCCAGGUGAACAUGGCCUUGCUGUACGGAGAGGGCCAGAAGUCCUUCACACGUCUGCAAGAGGAGAUCGCUCGACAAAGUGCCGACCACUCACUCCUAGCCUGGCGUAAAAUUGGCCCGUGGGACCCCUCUUGGGAGCAGCGCUCACUUGGAGGACCUUGGAGGGGACGCAUGCUUGCUUCGUCCCCCGCCGAAUUUCGUUAUUCAGGACAGAUCGUUAACACUGAGGGCCAAAUGCGGCCUCAAAUGGCAAUCCUCCCCAAUGGUCUUGAGCUCACGCUACCAGUAAUGGAUGACCCUUUCGACCCGUCGCCUGAAAGUCGAGCUCUGGCUGUUCUUAGCUGUCGAUUCGAAAACGAUAUCUCUGAGGCUUUAGUCUUAGGUAUGAGAAGAACGGAGGGUAACGGAAACGAAAUGCGCUUGGAUCCUUCAACAUUGAGUCGUAUUUUUGACGUUAUCGACACGUUGACCAUCAAGGAGACGCGAUGGGAGAAGAUUAUUCUGGGCGAGUCUCGGCCACCUGAGGUAAGAGAUGUACAAGCCGGAUUGUGCUGGCUUUGUGUCGAGCGAAAUAGCGACGAGUCUGUUCCAGAAAUGAUCGUCAAAAACUUUCGAACCCCAGAGGCUACAGCGGGUCCAGGACCAGCAAUGUCGAGCAGGCGUGGCAGUUCCAGGCUAGACGGUCAGCCCGGCGAACAAACCGGAUCAGCUAGUGUCUACGGAUCGUCGGCUCGUUUCAGUCCUUCUGACCAUUUCCUAUUCAAUGUUGAGUGGCCGACGCUUGGGAUCGAUGCAAAGAUUGAGCUCAUAGCGCAAAUCUCACUCACUGGCGUGGCCAAAAGACACGAGUACGGAGCGAGCUACGCGAUACACGUAAGGUCCGUUAAGUCUGAUGCAACAGGUGGGCAGCUUGUAUCCAUGGGCAGCCUAGUUGGGUGGCCAACAGAGGGACAAAGAGACUAUAUCGUGGCGGCAGUCGCUAACGACUACCAUUUGAAGUUCCGGCUUUACCAGGGCACUCCUGCCCACGAAUGGGCGCGCAUAAUCUAUGUCAGGACUAUUCGGAAGGCGAAACCACAACAAGACCAACCAUCGUCAGAAAACGGUCAAGGUAACAGCGCCGACCUGAAGACAGAGCGUGCAUCGAUGGAAACCGAACCUCGGACAUGA